GCGGGCUGCCCUGAACCCGUGUCCCGAAACACACAGUCAGGGGUUGGAUCAGCAGCGGAAGAGCAAUGGAAGCUAUGUGGCCCAGAUGCCUGUUUCUAUUCUUUCUCCUCACGUGCAAGCUGUCCCCAGAGGUCGUUGCAGAAAUUCAAGAAUCCUCAGACGAUUCCCCUGCUCCCCAGGAACCUGUGCGGCUCACAGAUGUCCCAGAGGCCACGGAGUUUAUUGCUGCUGCUGAGGUGGCUCUCAUAGGCUUCUUCCAGGAUUUAGAAAUACCAGCAGUGUCCAUAUUCCGUGAUGUGGUGCAAAAAUUCCCAGAUGUGGCAUUUGGAAUCAGCACCAGUCCCCAGGUUCUGGCCCACUACAACCUCACGGGAAACACCAUUUCCCUCUUCCGUCUGGUGGAUAACGAACAACUGGAUUUAGUGAGUGAAGCCAUUGAAAACAUUGAUGCCAACAAAUUAAGCCGUUUCAUUGAGAUCAACAGUCUCCGCUUGGUGACAGAGUACAAUCCUGUGACUGUGAUUGGCCUAUUUAAUAGCAUGGUUCCUGUUCAUCUUCUCCUGAUGACAAACAAGGCCUCUCCCGAGUAUGAAGAAAGCAUGCACAGCUACCAGAAGGCAGCUAAACUCUUCCAGGGGAAGAUUCUUUUCAUUCUGGUGGACAGUGGUAUAAAGGAAAAUGGGAAGGUGAUAUCAUAUUUCAAACUAAAGACGUCUGAACUGCCCGCUUUGGCGAUUUACCGGACUUUCGAUGAGGAGUGGGAUACACUGCCCAUGGCAGAAGUGUCAGUAGAGCUUGUGCAAAACUUCUGUGAUGGAUUCCUAAAAGGGAACGGGCCGAGAGAAAAUGAUGAAUCAGAAGAAAAGCCUCAAAAGGUGGAACUCUGAAUUCUCUCUGGUGCUUCUGCAUGCCACCCAGUGCCCACUUCAUGCUGAAAACAGAGGGGCAACCCAAACUCAGACCCACUAAACAACAAAACCAUCUGGCCCUGCACACUCACGCAGCUCCAUUUCGUUCCUUAAGAUCUCAUUUACUCUCCUUGUGCUUCCUUUUAAUUUGCCUACAUGCUCUCACUACCCAUCCAAUUUUCUCUUACUCAUGCCUACCACGCAGGCCCAUACACUGCAGUACCACCACACCACCACUGGAUGGAGGCUUCAAGAGAAGUAUAUGAUACCACUGUGAAGAAAAGACAGGUCUCGAAGGAAAUGUUCUGAUUUAUCAUUUCAUAUUGUAUUUGGACACUGCACGUGGCUUACACAUAACAUAGUUUCUUCUCUAUUAGUGUUACCUCAGGGUUGAAACUCUAGUUUCUUCAUAAAUACAUGUCCUCCCUCUCAUUCAGGGCCAAGAUCAAAAGGAUGGUUUUAAACUCCUUUCUGGAAUGGUCUUUUUGCCAGAAGUCAAAUGAUGUUCCUAAGGUCCUGAACUCAACAGAAACAGACCAUGUAAAAACUCAAUGCUUGGUUAGCAUUCCUGACUCCCCAUGUACAUCCACAAGUGCGCAAUAAAAGGCCAUAACGUUAUAAGAAAAGACUGGCAUCUCUCUGCAAACCUUUUGUAAAUACCCAGCUGCCCAACUAAGCAGUGGGGACCUCACUCUUAGGUGCCCACUGUCAGUCAGGCUACAAGCCACUAAUUUGUUAUUGUUCACUCCGUGGGUGGGAUGGGAGGUGGGUAGAGACCAUCCUGUGCGAGAAUUAGUGUAAAGAUAGCCAAAUUGCUCAGAAUCAAAUCAGGUAACAGGUUAGGGAAGAGGUAGGAGGAGGGGAGCACUUGGCCGCGGGGCAGGCUAGUGCCGACUCAGCCCAGAUUAUUGCAGGUGAGGUGUGCAAUCCAGCCCUUUGUGGGAGGGAGGGCUUGGCCAAGUGUCUCUGGCUCAUAGGCUGUUACUGUCCACACACAAAUGCUACAUUGUUCCCAGGAGGCCCUUGGCUCAGAAGGAAAGUGCCUAAGUGCUCAAGAGCUAAAAAACCACAGCGUACACCUAAGGACUAGUCCAAGCGAGGAACACAGUGUGAAAGACUUAGUUGUUCCCUUUAGCCUCUGAGCUGGGAGUCAGCAGCUGGCAAGGACACUGAAAGCAGCUGUGUAAGGCACACCUCUCUGCAACCUGAGACGGGCGGAUUCUGAGCAGACCAUCCAGUCUAUCCACGGGGCUGCAGAAAACCACCCAGUCUCUUGCUUGAGGCUGAAAAAUACUCCAAGGAUAGGCACAUCCCAGAAGCCUCCCUUUGAUCCUGUAAACCAGAGCUGUUGACAUUUACGGGUCAGGAAAUUCUUCCUGAUAUCCAGCUGAGGACCCCCAGCCACACCAGCUUAUUUCUUCUCACCCACACUCCGGGAAAUUCUUAGCAGCUGCCAAUCACCAUCUCCAGGCAGCAACUGGACACUUCGCUGGUUGCCUUCAAGCCUCCUUAUCCAGUCUUCUUUUCUCCAUGCUCACAACCCAACGCUUUAAUCAAUGUAUUUUUAAUUUCCAAAUUAUUUGAUUUACUUUAUUAUGUUUUUCUCUUCCCUCUUUCUCAGCUUUGCCUCCUUCUUGCUUAAAACAGUGAAAUUCCAAACUGUUGUACCAAUUUGGUAAAUACUAAUGACUAAAUUUCGAUGAGUUGUGUUUUGUUCAAUAUUGGGUUAAUUUUUCCAUUAUUGUAUUUGAAGUGUUCUCCCCAAUAACUAUGGUCAACACUGACUACAUAAGUUUUAAUAUCUUAGCUGUGUAUUGCGCUGCUUGGUGGCAUUCAAUAACAAUUUUAUUAUAGAUUGUCUUUUGUAUGCUUACUUUUUAUCUUUACAAUAUUGAAUUUAAGUAUUCCUUCUCGGUUCGUGUUUUAUCCAAACCACAAGGUAUUUUUUUCCUGUCUCCUUCAUAGCCAGUCCUGUUCUUUGUAGAUCUGUUCUUUGUACCAAAGAAUGGAAUUUCUUCAAAAAGAAAAUUUGUGAAAGUUCUAAUUCAUUCACUAAAGAUCAGGCUUCAUAUUAGAAACUUCUGUCAUUUAUGGAUUUUAUCUACCAUUUGGUAAUACCUUCUUAAAACUCCACAUUCAUUUACCAAGGCUGUUUAUUGUUGAAAUAUCUAGAUAUACCUCACCUAUAUUUUAUUGUGGAUUCAUUUAUUGGCCCUGGUUGGAAAGACUGCCAUACUUUUUCUUCCAAGUAUAAAGGAAAUGGAGAUGUUAUGCAAGAAAACUUUGCAAAAAGAUUUUGGAAGGCUUGGAAGGCCAUGAUAGGAGGAAGGAGUGGGAGCAGGACAUGAGUCAGAGGAGCACCAGGAGAGCUUUUGUGUUUGAGUCUCACCUCUUCGGUGAUCUUGAGCAAAUCACUUUGUGUCUUUGAACUUUAGUCAUUCAGAAUAAUACAAUAAUUCAUAACAAGGGUGUUUUUUUAGGUCCCAGGGUGAUAAUACAUAUUAAAU